CACAGUAGGUUUUGUUUGGUAGAUCUCGGAUAGAGACCAACGAUGGCUCGAGCAGGAGGCAUCACAAACGCAGUGAAUGUAGGAAUCGCCGUCCAAGCUGAUUGGGAAAACCGCGAGUUCAUCUCCCACAUUUCUCUCAACGUCCGCCGCCUCUUCGAUUUCCUUGUCCAAUUCGAGGCUACAACAAAGAGCAAAUUGGCAUCACUGAAUGAGAAGCUUGAUACUUUGGAACGGAAGCUAGAGCUCCUUGAAGUUCAAGUGGGUACUGCAUCAGCUAACCCUUCUCUUUUUGCUCGUGAUGUUUAGAAGAUCAUGCCAUUGUUUUAAUAUACGUGUAAGCAUUCUCUUGUCUAUAGCGAGAACAUGAAUAGAUAUCCUGGUAUUGUAACCCAGUUCUAAACUACUCCAUCAUUUUCAUGUUUAUGUGAGUGGUAGAGUUCCAUC